GCCGCUUAACGUGGAGACAAAUACGAGAGAGAGAGAGAGAGAGAGAGAGAGAGGGGAAGAGGAGGGGUGCGGGACAAAUUCAUCUUGGGCCACAGCGGUGGCACAACGCGAGACGGCAAAGCGUUGCAGCGAAGAUUGUAUUUUGCUCGUUCGCUGGAAACGGGCGGCGGACACGGGAUGGAUCUACCUGCCGUCGGGGAGCAUGUGUUCGCGGUGGAGGGCAUCGAAAAGAAGCGUCUACGGAAGGGCAGAAUCGAGUAUCUGGUGAAGUGGCGAGGAUGGUCAGCCAAAUAUAACACAUGGGAACCCGAGGAAAACAUUCUUGACCCGCGCCUUCUCGUGGCUUUCCAAAACAGAGAAAGGCAGGAGCAAAUGGUGGGAUAUCGCAAAAGAGGGCCUAAACCCAAAAACCCUCUUGUCCAGCUUCCUGCAUUUGCUCGUAGAUCAAGCAUCCUGGGUGGUCUUCAGGACACAUCAUUGGAUGAGGAAAACCAGCCCAAAGUGGAGCCCCUCCAGCUCCACUGCUCACGGCCGCAGCACUACCAGCUGAACAGCAAAAAACACCACCAGUACCAGCCCAGCUGCAGGGAGAUCUCUAUAGAACAAAAUGUGAGUGGGAAAAAGAAGCACUUCUACCAGCUGAACAGCAAGAAACAUCAUCACUACCAGCCGGACCCCAAGAUGUACGACACCCCACUCAUGGCACCCAAUGAGGUCAGGGUUCAAGACCCUUCCAGCAAAGUUUGGAACCUCCCUCCAGCAUUGCAACAGAAGUGGAUUAGGAACAAAGAUACCAGCUGCCUGAGUAAAGUGAAAGAUCUGUCUAUCGAGCUCAAGAGCCUGCCGGAUAAUGCUGACAAAGCGGAGCGGGCACUUAAGACGAACACCAAAGAGUUUGCUCUUCCUAACGGCAUCAGAAGCAAGAUGAAAAUAAUCAAGAACAAAAACAAAAACGGACGAAUUGUGAUAGUAAUGAGCAAAUACAUGGACAAAGGUGUGCAUUCAUCUAAAGUAAAAAACAAGGAUGUUUCUCAAGUGGAAACGCAGCACAAUGAGGAAUCUACACUGAAUAAUAAGGACAAUCUUUCUGAUGGUGAAACUUCAGAAGGCCGUGAGAAUGGCACUGCUGAGAACACUGACACAUUUUCUUCUUCUAGUGAAUGCGUUCAUGAAAACUCCAUCAAAAAGGCUGAACUUCCAAAAGCUACUUCUACAGAGACUGAACAUACAGUCCAUUCAAACCAACCAAACUUUUCUCCCAUGGAAGCAGAGAAGGCCCCCCCAUCCCACAUGGACACCAAACUCAAUCACUGCAAGAGGAACCUCUCAGAACCCAUUGAGGACGUGAGAAACUGUAAGCAGUUCAUCAGCUCCAGGAUUAUACAUGCACCAAACACCAUGCUUUCAUCCCCUCAGAGAGAACCUAUAGACCUGCAUUACAAAGGCUGCCUUGCCAGCAGAGCCUACAGUUAUGACUUAAGCGACACCAGUCCUGAAGAGCCUAUUGACCUGAGCUGUGGUCCAACCAAAACUCUUAAACAGUUUCCCACAGCGGAGAAGGUUUCAGGAAGCUCAGUGCAAGUGGAGAAUACAAACAACCAUUUUAAACCAUUUGUGGGUAACGUUAUCAUCACUGAUAUCACUACGAACUGCGUAACCGUGACCUUUAAGGAAUACGUUCAUGGAUAAUGACUACAAUUCACUGGACUGUAAUUUGUUCAUUUGAACCAGCUCAAAGUUGAUUCAUGUCAGAUGCACUAAUCAUAACCAUUCCUGAUAAUGUGGAGACGUUUAAGCAAGACGUUAAACCUAUAUAUAUAUAGAGAGAGAGAGAGAGAGAGAGUUUGUUUAGAUGUUUGUUUUCUAAUGCAUAAAACUGAGAUGGUUGGCAUUUUGGUUGGCAUAUAAAAUCCCAUCAGUGUAUAGUGUGUGUAAUAUUGUUUAUAAAGCUUUUGAAUUUUAAUGCUACCUGAGGAAAUAUAGCGGCCUGUGGGAGAAAGCACACUGCUGGAAUUGAAGAUUUCGUUGAAGAUUGAUGUUGACAUUGUAUAUGAAUGUACCUUUAAAAAGUAUUUUUUCAGAAUGUUUUGCUGAUAUAUUUUAGUUGACUGAAUUUCGAGAUGUUGUUGGCCUGUGAGGUCUUCCUGUGCAAUGCUAGAUAAACAACUGGAUUGUUUGGUGUUCACUCUUUGUAAGAAGUUUAAAGGGAUAAUUCACCCAAAAAUUAAAAUUAGAUGUUUAUCUGCUUACCCCCAGGAUUUUCAAGAUGUAGGUGACUUUGUUUCUUCAGUAAAACACAGACUCUUUUUUUUUUAAACAAACCGUUGCAAUCUGUUAGUCAUAUAAUGGAAGUAAAUGGGAAUCACGGCUAAAACAUACAAUAAAAGAACAUAUACAAAACCAAAUUAAACCCUGCAGCUCGAGACGAUACACUGAUGUGUAAAGACACAAAACGAUUGGUCUGUGCAAGAAACUAAACAGUAUUCACGCAAUGUCCGAACUUUUAAAACUUUCCUGAGUGCGUUCUCAAGCAGCAGGUGCAUAAGGUGUCUUCUUCUUCUUGCUUUAUAGUGGAUUGCAGACUUAUAAGUGCAUUACUGCCCUCUAUCUAUCAAAUGGACCAUUGACACACUAUCUACAAUCUCAAUUAGGAGUGUCAGUCAUCUUGGAUGUCCUGGGGGUUAGCAGAUAAACAUCAAAUUUUCAUUUUUGGGUGACCUAUCCCUUUAAAUUGCACUUUAUCAUCUCCUGGAUCUCUUUUGUUAAUAAAUUCAGUUUAAAAACUCAGUAAAGGCUGUUUAACCUUGCAGAAUAACUUGUAAUAAUAAUCUGUAACAGCAGUAUGACUGUGGUCAGAGAUCACCAGAACAUGCAAACUGUUAUAUAUGGCCAGAAAGCACAUGUAAGAUUGAUUAUAGAUUUUGUAUGUAUUGGAAUUAAUUUACAGUCAAUGCAAUGUAAUGUACAGUAUGUAAUGUACAAAUUACACAGUUUUGCCUAACUGUGUAAGGCCAUUUAUAUUCAUAAUGGCAUGUAAACUUUGAAUUUUCAGUUUGAAGAUGCUUCCUAAAUCAAUAUUAAACUGUAAAAAAAAAAAAAAUA